AUUUUCUCGCGGAUUGCUCUUUCUCAAACUCUCCCUACUACUCACCCAGCACCCAUUCACUACUUCUCAGGCAUUCCUAACGCCCACCAUAAGCAGCCAAUCUGCGUCCCAAGACGAUUUUCUCCUCGAAUCCAUUUCAUUGGCGGCCGCUUUCCCUGCCAUUUUUCCUCGGCAUCUUGUUGGCGGUCGCUUUGUCGUCGACCAUUCUCGACAGCAAGUCAAUCAUCCACAAACUCGACAAAAUGGGCCCACCGAUUCCAAUAUCUCAAGCAGCCAGAAAAGUCUACAAUGGCAUUGAAUAUUUCUAUGGAUUUCCAAACUCGGAGCAAGUUUUUGUCCUCAACCUCAACACCAAGUUGAGAAUGUUUACAAAAACGAAUGCCUGGGGCACUGUGUCAAGAUCCGAAUUCAAAGAAUACAUAAGUCUUUACCCAAGACUCUACCAGGUUGCCAACACGUCGAGAGAUCGAAUCCAACAGUGGCUUAAUGUUGGCUUCAACCGAGCGAACUUUGAGUCCUGGGGUCCAGACUUUCGCGCCUUCCUCCGUACUGAGGCUGAGGAUCAAAGUACGAAUACCCGGGUGAGAAAACCGGGGAUCCCACGCCAAGCCAAGUGGCUGAACGAGGAGCACAAAGAGCGAGGGGCAGCGUUCGACAUACGAAUGGGGAGACAAGUUCAGGAAGAGGAGGGAGAUGAUUCUGUGAUGGGGCCAGAGGACGAGGAGGAGGUCACGUACCAGCCGGAUGAUGACCAAAACGGCGGCGAAGAAGAUGUGGAAGAGGCCCGUAGUCAUGUGAAUAGCUCGCAAAAUGGUACCCACGCCACCCAGCAACCCAGAAAAAGAAGGCGCGAAGAUCAGUCAACCUCGACCCUGAUAGGUACGCCGUUUCCAGAAUCAAUGGCGCAUCAUUAUCAGCUGGCCAAUUCGUCGCAGCAGCAAUUUUCACUGAGAGAACUACGGAAUGCUGCGACCGGGUUCAGGACCCUUCAUUCAGAGGUUCUGCGAGUGGCUCAAAAGCUGGAGCCCGGUGAUUUCCUCCGCCCCUUGCUGUCGCACAUUGCCAAUUCCACGACCUUGGAGGUGGGUGCUGCAGAGAAAGCCGCGAGAAUUUCGUCGGAGCUUAUGGAUCAUGUGGCCAAAUCUCAAGCCGAGGAGGGAAGAAGCGGUGAUGACGAGGACCGAAUCAAGCGCGCGCGGUCGAGAGCUGCCUAUGAGAUGCUCCCCACCGCAGCGCCGGCAAACAGACUCCCUCACCGCCGGAGCCAGCAGCAGCAGGCGAAUCAUCCAAGCCUCAUCCGCGAAGACAGUCAAGCCCCCGAGGCUGACGAUAAUGUCCGCAGCCUAACUGUCCCGCGUGAGACGUCACCGUCCCUUGGCUACGAACUGCCAGAUCACCUGGCGGAAGCAUACCAGCCCCUCAUUGAACUAAGUAGCCCGAUUUACUUUGGUCCCUUGAACAGCCUUGCUGGAGAAGCCAGUUCUCGUCCUAACACCGCCAAAAGUGCUCAAAGUAACCACCCCCACAACCGUGGGACUCCGGCUCCCAUCCCCGGCGCAAGUUCAUACUACCGCGAGGCAUCCAUAGAGGAGUUCAGACCGGCCAUUACAGCGAGAAACACGGGCACCUUGAGCGGCCCUCAAGGUCACCUUUCCCAGGCGCAAACAGCAGCCCCUCACUCCCAUCACAUGCUGGUCAACUCCAUCGAAGUGCCUGGGUACCUUCCCUACCACGCCAACAACAAGUAUCGGCCCCCUUCCCAGCCCCCUUCAACAGUUUCUUACGCUUCCGGAACUGGAGCAUCAUCGUUGCACAGGCACCCAGCAGUAGUCGAACCAGCCGCACCCCCUCCCGCGUUCUCCCCCCCGAACUUCGGUCCCGCUAAUCGCAGGAGCACAAGACAAGCAAGCAGAGAACUCUGGACAGCUCAGCGGCCAAACCGGGAACUCCCACCCCCAGCCACCACCAUCUCAACCCGCCAAACGAGACAGUCCAGCCAGCAGCCCACGUUGUCAUCCUCCUCCGCUUCCCACACCCCCCUCCGCGCUACAGCAGGGCACCCAAGACAAUCAACCCGUGGCAAUCAAAAGGGAAAAACAAGGCGCAGAGUAGAGGUAGAAGACGAGGACGAGGACGAGAAGGGGCAGGGGGACGGUGUUGAGUAAUCUACACCCUUUUCUGUUGCCAGCAGCUGUUGGUGUCUUCAUGACUACUUAGCAGCACCACGGAAAAAGGACGGAUCAUAGACCCAGGGGCUGACAAACCGGGGCAUUGAAGGUUUACUCUUGUUUUUUUCUGUUAAUAGGGGGGGUGGAGGGGGGAGGAGUUGUCUUGGUAUUAUCUUUCCCCAUGGUGGUGGAUUGAUUCGUCUUGUUCUGUCUUGUUCGGAUAUAUGCUUUUUUGUUGCUUUUAUUGAGGACAACAUAAGACGGGGUGGUUUUUGGUCCUAUUUUGCACACACAUAAAAAAGAAAAAGGGAGGGCGUAAUAUGGUUUUAUUG